GUUGUAGUUGACUUGUGUCAAAUGCUCGAUCGUUCAGUAUCUUCUGUAAGAAGCAAUGGCUAUCAUGCUCAUAUCCUCGAUUCUCGUUGUAUUAGUAAUUCUCUAUUUCUAUUUAACGAAAAAUUACAAUUAUUGGCAAAAACGUAAAGUACCUUGCCCGGAUGGCAUUUUACCUGGAGUCGGCCACUUUUGGAACUUCAUUAUCAUGAAGAACUCUUUCUCUGAGUGUUGUCGUAAGAUUUACAACGCCAAUCGAAAUCAUAGUAUGGUAGGAAUUUACAACUUUAUGUCACCGUCGUUAAUGAUCCUUGAACCGGAGUUAAUAAAAACGGUGAUGCAAACUAAUUUUGUGAACUUUCAUGAGAACAGUCAUAAGAUUGACCCUGACUUGGAUCCUCUUCUGGCAAACAAUCCAUUUUUUACAUAUGGCGAGAAAUGGAUAACUAGCAGAAAGCGUUUGACUUAUGCAUUCUCCAGCAUGCGAUUGAAAAUUUUGCUCGAGAGUGUCAAGCAAAUAUGCGAACAAUUCGAGAAUUUCCUUGAUAAAAAAUUGAGCAAAGUCGGAAAGAUCGAAUUAGAGCUAAAAGAACUGUUUGCCAGAUUCACCGCGCAAGUUGUCUCCAAUGCUGGCUUUGGCGUAGACGGAUUAUCCUUUGAUGAGAAGAAAGAGCACGAAUCUUUCUACGCGAUGGUAAAGUCUUUCCUUGAACCCUCCAGUUUGAACAACAUUACUUUUAUGCUUGUUUUCUUUUUGCCUUCGCUGAAUAAAAUUUUUAGAACACCUUUCUUACCAAAAAGAAUCGAUCAUUUCUUUAGAACGAUAAUCACCGAUGUUAUGGAACAAAGAAGAACAGAGGAUAAACACUGAAGGAUACAAACUAGAAAUGACUUUCUUCAGUUGAUGGAUGAAUUAGAACGAGUGGAGGGUAAUAAAAUUGAUAUGAAUGUUCUUAUAUCUCAUGCAACAUCAUUUUUUAUUGACGGUUAUGAGACUUCCAGUACAGUUUUGAGCUUUGUUGGUUUUUAUUUAGCUAAUAAUCCGGCUGUACAGGCAAAAUUACGCGAGGAAGUAAUAUCUGUGCUCAAUAAGUACGAUAAUGUGAUUACUUACGAUGCUUUGAAAGAUAUGACGUACAUGGAUCAAGUCAUAAGCGAGUCACAGAGAAUCAUUCCUACAAUAGGAAUUCUGAAGAAGAUUUGUACAAAAGAGACUGAACUUAGAGGAUCCGAUGGAAUUGCUUGUCACAUUGAACGCGGAAUGCAAAUUCUGAUACCUGUUAACGGCCUGCAGGAAGAUCCUCGAUAUUGGGAGCAUCCCGAAGUAUUCGAUCCCGACAGAUUCGGCCCGGAUAGAAAACAUAACAUUGAGAGAUUCACUUUUCUUCCCUUCGGCGAAGGUCCGCGAAUUUGCGUGGGAAUGAGAAUGGCUCAGUUACAAAUGAAAGCGUGCUUGGCUGUAUUUCUAAGAAAAUAUAGUCUCGAACUUUCUCCGAAGACUCGUGUACCCUUGGAAAUGGUGGCUACACACAUCUUGGCUGCGGCAAAGGGUGGUCUUUGGGCUUUUAUUCGACCUAUUUAAUAAUUAGAAUUUUUUAAAAUUAUUUGUUGUGACACUCAAAUAUAUCUUUCUCUUUUAUUUUUUUCUAAAUAAUUAUAUAAAUUAAGCACCUACGAGUAUUUUUAUAUAAUUUUUAAGUUAUUUGAUGCAUGGAAAACUUUAUAAAAUACGUAUAUUAUUGUCUAUUUUUAAUAUAAUUUAGACAAUAUUAACAAAAAAAGAGAGAGAGAGAAAUUUAUCAUAUUUUAAAAAUAAUAUGAUUGAUACUGAAAUUUAUUAUUCGUGAUUUCGCAAAUUUGUUAUUAGUGCAUAUUAUUUCACAUUUUAUUGUUGUUAAUCAUAUAUUGUAUAAUAAUACUACGAUUUUACAUAUAAUUUACUCUUUAAAAUACAGAUAAAGAAUAGUUUUAUCUGUGCAAGUCAAUAAUUGCUUUGUUAUACUUGAAACUCAUGGCUUUUUUUAUUAUGCGUAUGUAUACACAUGUCGAAUAUUUCUCGAUUAAUUAAUAUAAAGCCCUUACAGCAUAGCUUGUCAAAUAUAUUUGGCAAGUGAAUAUUUUAUAAAAA